GGAACAUCAUCGGCUCUGGGAUAUUCAUCUCUCCUAAAGGAGUGUUGGAGCAUGCAGGCUCAGUGGGACUGUCACUCAUCGUUUGGGUUUGUGGAGGGGGGAUCUGUGCCCUUGGGUCCAUGUGCUAUGCCGAACUGGGUGUCACUAUCCCCAAGUCUGGAGGCGACUAUUCAUAUGUGACAGAAAUCUUUGGAGGGCUAGUGGGAGUGGAAGCUGUAACAUACAAAACCCAGUGCCUCUUCUUUGUCUCUUUGUACUACAGUUUCCUGUUGUUAUGGAGUGCCGUCCUCAUCAUGUAUCCAACUACACUGGCUGUCAUCGCACUCACCUUCUCUAAUUACGUCUUGCAACCGGCCUUCCAGAAUUGCCUGCCUCCAUACAUCGCCACCAGACUCCUUGCCACCAUUUGUAUCUUAUUCCUGACCUGGGUGAACUGCUCUAGUGUGCGAUGGGCAACGAGAAUCCAGGAUGUUUUCACUGUUGGAAAACUCCUCGCUCUGGCACUCAUCAUAGUGGUAGGACUCGUCCAGAUCUGUAGAGGUCACUAUGAUGCCCUGCGGCCCAGUGUGGCCUUUGAAUUUAGUCAGGACCCCUCGGUGGGACAGAUAGCUCUGGCCUUCCUCCAGGCCUCCUUUGCUUACAGCGGCUGGAAUUUCCUCAACUACGUGACAGAGGAGGUCGUUGAGCCACGCAAGAACCUGCCUCGUGCCAUCUACAUUUCAAUCCCACUGGUGACCCUGGUCUACACCAUGACCAACAUUGCGUACUUCUCCUCCAUGACCCCUGAGGAGCUGCUGGCCUCCAAUGCUGUGGCAGUGACAUUUGGAGAGAAGCUAUUGGGGAUGUUUUCCUGGGUGAUGCCAAUCUCUGUAGCUCUGUCCACCUUUGGAGGAAUCAAUGGAUAUCUGUUCACCUCAUCCAGAUUGUGUUUCUCGGGGGCCAGAGAAGGUCACCUGCCUUAUCUACUGGCUAUGAUCCACCUAAAGAACUGCACUCCAAUCCCUGCCCUGCUGGUCUGUUGCAUUGCCACAAUUGUCAUCCUGUGUAUUGGAGAGAUGCACAACUUGAUCAACUAUGUGUCCUUUAUCAACUAUCUGUCCUAUGGCGUAACCAUCGCCGGCCUCCUCUACCUCCGCAAGAAGAGACCCAACCUGGCCAGACCCAUUAAGGUAAACAUGUUGAUCAUCACCUACAUGAUUUUCUGGGCUGUGCUGCUGUGCUUUAGUCUGUACUCUGAGCCGGUGGUUUGUGGCCUGGGUAUGGUCAUCAUGCUGACUGGAGUCCCUGUAUACUUUGUGGGUGUUCAGUGGAAGGACAAACCCAAAUGGAUCUACAGGGUAGUCGAAAGAGUCACGUAUAUGGGUCAGAAGGUGUGUUAUGUGGUGUUUCCUCAGGAAGACCCUUCAGAGACUGAACCCCUCACUGCCUCCAAAGCCAAUGACUGAGCAGUGCAGUCAACCAGGGAA